AGUAGCUAUCCAUCAAUUUAGCUACCAACAUGAUUCAGGCACGAAAGAGAGGGUUCAUGUCUUCUUUUCAGUAUUUCCCCUCCGCACAUGCUAGUCUAUAAUAUUAAGAAAAUUUGGACGAGCCAUGUGACCGGAUAUGAACGGAAGUUCGCUUGGCUCUCCAUAGCCGAAGGCUUGGAAAGGAAAUUGAGGGGGGCUUUCCAGGGGGAACAUCGGAAGACCAUCACAGUGACCCUAAAAAUGAAUAUAUACAGGGCCGAUGGAGUAGCUAGAGGAACUAUUGUAUAUUCUAUCCAUCUAUUGCGGGUAUGGACGUGUUGCAUGUAUAUACACCGAACAGACUUAGGGCACGCCGGCGUUCUUUUGGAGUUGCGCUCUAGAUCCACCUUUCUUCAAUCCAUUUCUCGAGUGCAACGUUCCCCAGGAACCUUAUUUGUUAUUCUAUUCUUCCUUCUUUCCCCCCUUCCUUUCCCGUCCUUUUCUCUCUCUCCUAGGAUGGUUCGUUUCUUUCUAACAAUCGUUCUCGCUGUCAUUCCUUAUUCAUCCCCUCGUUCUGUCGAUCAUUAAGACCUGACCACUGUCAUUCUUUACAUUUGUAUAUUGCAUCACUCGUCACUCCUUUAUUUGUUGUUUGAUUGAUUGCUUUGGACGCGUCAUUCCUCCCUUCCAUUCGUGGUGUUCCAUUGUCAGUAUCAGCCACUCCUCCCGUUCAAAUCCCCAC